CAAAUUACACCUAGUAAAAUGUGCGACAGGUCUGUUAACGUAUCUACUGUUGCCGGCUCUCUACAGCAAGGACAUCGUGACGGGGAAGGAAUCGAUGCUCUAUUCUACAAUCCUACUGGCUUGGCCUUUACAAUUAGCGGUGAUAUAGUAAUUGCUGACCAGUCUAAUCAUUGUAUCCGCAAAGUGACGUUACUUAGAGGAGACGACAUAUUCUCAUCACACGUAGAAACGAUUGCUGGAAUUGCCGGCCAUAGUGGCUACAGAGAUGGUACUGUAGAUCAAGCUUUGUUUUGCAACCCCUGGUCAGUGGCUGUUGGAGAGGACAACACUAUCUACGUGACAGACAGCGGAAACAGGAGAAUCAGAACGGUGGAUGGGUGUGGCAUGGUGAGAACAUUGGCUGGAUCAGGAAACAAUAGUUUUGAGGAUGGACAGGGAUUGUUUGCUGCUUUUAGGUUAUUAAGAGAUAUUACUCAAUCAGCAAAAAAGUCCAUCUUCUACAUUACUGAUGAACACCGUAUUCGUAAGAUAGAUGUGCAUGGUAAUGUCAUUACUAUUGGAGGAACACAAUGUAAUGGUCUGAGAAAUAGUCACCGCAGUGAUGCAAGGUUCUACUGUCCAUUGCAAAUAGCAUGCAGAAGUGAAGAUCAUGAGACAUUGUAUGUUGCUGACAGUAAUAACGGUGCUGUGAGAGCAGUACCACCUGACACAAAGAAUGUUAGAACAGUUGCUGGUGGCAAAGGUGCAUGGUCUUAUGAUGGAGCAAUAGGAAAGGCCACACUAAGUCGACCAUUUGGAAUUACUAUUGACAGCAAAGGUUGCAUCUUUGUGUGUGAUAAUGUAAAUCACAAGAUUAUAAUAAUUUCCUCUACCUUGGAGACGAUGACUACUCUAGUGGGAUGUCGUGAGGAAGGUUUAGUAGAUGGAAAUGGUGAGGAAGCGAAACUAAACUAUCCAUGUUGUCUUCUUCUGAAUGAGUCAACCCAUACACUUUACUUUACACAGCAACAUUGCAUUCGUAAAGUUAAUCUCCAACCGCAUUUUAUUCCACCACGACCAAACCUGGAUGUAUCAUUGGGUGAAGAUCAGAUGUUUCUUGUAGACAACGAGGAUUUGGCAGACGUUGUGUUUGAAGUUGAAGGUAAACAAAUGUAUGCAUGCAAAUGUGUUCUAAUUGCUCGCAGUCCUUAUUUUUCUCGUCUCUUCUCAUCUGGAAUGAAGGAAUCCCAUCCUCCACGCAAUGGACACGUAACCACAAUUCCAAUCCAAGAUGCAAGCUAUGAUGCUUUUCGAGCUCUCAUUGUGUAUCUUAUCACAGACAAGAUGAGUGUGGAUCUGAAUGACUUGAAGAUGGUAUGUCAACUUCUCGUUCUUUCUGAUCGCUUUCUGGCUUCCAAACUGAAGAGUUACUUUGAGCAGAUUGUGGCAGGACAGAUUAGAGUAGAGAAUGCAAUCGAAAUUUUGUGUUGGUCAGACACUCACAAUAUUCCACUGUUGAAAGAACUGGCCAUCACAUUCAUUUGCUGUCAUCUUGGUGUGAUGAGAGAAAGGGCUGAAAUGGAGCAACUCUCAUUUUCUUUACUAUUAGAAAUUGUUCAAAAACUACGACUAUAAGACACACAUGGUUAAUUGCCUGAUUUGACAUGUUGUUAUGUAUUUGUUGGUUAUUACUACACACAAUCAUACAUGUACUGUGAUGGCAUGUUGAUAUGGCUGUUGCAAAUGUAUUAGUUGAUUCACGUUUAUGAGUUUGUUGGUAACUUGUGUGUCAGAGUAUGAGAGAGCAAGUAGA